AUGAACAGAAUAAAAAAGAGAAGCCGCGGGGGCCGUUCCUGCCGCUCUCCGCUGCCUUGUGCAGCACCAGUUUCACUUUCCCCUCUCCAGAUGGCCUUGCAGGAGGCACAAAAGUGUGGUGAGGAAUUGGGCAUUCACGCCUUUCCUGUUAUGGAACAGGUGAACCCUCACACGGGACAGCGUGAGCGUGCUUAUGACCCGCUUCUUUUUAAAACUUUAAAAGAGUUAAAAACAGCCUGUGCUCAGUAUGGGCCCACUUCCCCUUAUACUUUAACUAUCUUGGAAACUAUGGCCUCAGAGGCUCUCCCACCGAAUGAUUGGAGAGCUAUUGCCAAGGCUUGUUUAUCAGGAGGGGAUUAUCUCUUGUGGAAAUCAGAAUAUGAUGAAAAGGCUAAGGAACAAGCUUCUCGUAAUCGAGCUGCCCAGAUUAAGAUUUCUUAUGAAAUGCUGGUAGGUGAAGGAGUCUAUGCUGAUACCCAUAGUCAAAUUCAAUACCCCCAGGAAGCUUAUGGACAGAUUAAUGGAGCUGGGAUCAGAGCCUGGAAAAAGUUACCCACCUCUGGUCAGAAAACAGAGGAGCUCUCAAAAAUUAUUCAAGGGCCAGAUGAAAAGUAUCAGGAUUUUGUCUCUCGGCUAUUACAGGCUGUUGGCCGAGUAGCGGUGGAUGGAGAGGCUGGCAUGUUGAUAGUUAAACAGUUGGCAUAUGAAAACGCCAACACUGCCUGCCAAGCUGCACUGCAGCCCUAUCAAAGACAGGGGACUCUCUCAGAUUAUAUCCGCAUUUGCGCAGAUAUUGGUCCCUCAUAUAUACAAGGAGUUGCCAUUGCGGCUGCAUUAAAGGGAACCACCAUUGAAGGAAUUCUUCAGCAACAAUUUAGCACAGGGAAAAGUCAAACAUACAAGUGUUACACUUGUGGAGGAACAGGACACAUGGCAAAACAGUGUCCUUCUAAUAAAGGGGUUAAUAAAGGAAAUGGCAGAGGUCCCAAACAACCUGGACUAUGCCCUAAAUGUAAAAAAGGGAAACAUUGGGCAAAUGAGUGUAAAUCUAAGACAGAUAUCCAGGGAAAUUCUUUUCCUCAAUACCAUCAAUGGCUCCCCAAGGCUUGGGAGUUUGCUUAA